AUGUACUCAUCUAUAAAAUCAUUAGGAUAUCUGAUCGAAAAUAUCCAGAACGGUUUUUUUUGCAGGGAGUUUGUUUCAUGAUGAAUUUUUGAACUUCCUGUCUGGUUCAAAGGGUUAAAUAGUCACUUUCACAUUCAUAUACAGCUCGUAAACAGUGUUUCGCGUAAAAAUGAACAUAGAGAGCUAUUUUUCAAGUUUUUGAAAGAAGAUCGAAGACCGAAAUAACAAAGCAAUGGUCUAUCACAAGGUUUUUCAAAAAUUUACUUUUUUAUAAAGCGCUGUUAAUAAAACUUUUUUUAUAAUAGAAUUCACGUUUAAAUUUUCUGUUAAAAGAGCAAAAAUCGUAUUUCUUGAUGGAUAUUUCUAAUAAUAGGGCCCGAUUGCGAAAGGCUUUGCUGUAUAAACUUGGCAAUAUUGACUAUCAAAUCAUUUGAAACCAAAAAAAGUUGGAAAAUUUAAAAAGUGAGCAGUAAACUAGGUAAUGUUAAAUUUAAUGUAUAUUACUAAAAAAAACUAAAAAAAAAAGCAGAGUACGCAAGAUGCGCGCGAACUUCCAGUGUCUGAGCCGUUCAUUUUUUUUUCCUCCGCUGAUGUUACGCUACCACUCUAAAUUUAGUUUGUAGAAAGCGCCGGCAGUUCUGUUGUUUGCGCUUCCGAAACGAUAUUUUUUGAACUGCUCCCACUCUUUGUACGUUUUCAUUAUGUUACUCUGGAUUUUCCUUUACUCGUGAAAACAACUCCCCAAUCAACAGAGAGAAAGAGGGAGAGAGAGAACUUGUUUGGACAAGAGGCGGUUUUUUCGAAUUAGCUGACAGGACUGUCGCUCGCCCUGGCUCACCACAAGUCUUUGUCUUCGUCGGCACGGCUUCCGGACGCGCUCGCCUUGUGCUUGAAGGCGCGCAUGGAGGCCAAGGAGUUUGAAUUCCGGCCGGCCAAGGAGAUGACCCGCUCCAAGAGCCCUGGCGUAAUCGGCCGUCUCAGCAACUUUGCACGCAGCAAAACGCGCCAUUCUCUCACUGAGAAGACGGCCAACGGAGUCGGUGAACGACCACGAAAGGUGCACUCCAUGUCUUCUACAAAUGCCAAAGAAAAUUUUAUUAGCUCGAUUUUUCUUCAUUAAAAAAAAUUAUGAUUUGCAAAAAAAAUAUAAUGAACGAGAGCAGCACAUGGUUAACACAUAGAUCUUCCUCAAAUAUAUCAAAGAAACUUGAAUAAUAAAAUUUUGCAGGACUUGCAAAAGGAAUUUCAACGAUGCCGUGAUAACCAUGAUUUUCGGUUAGAUUUGAGCUCGAACGAGGUUUUUUUUUGUCUCUUCCCUAGCAGUUUCAAUUUUGGUUUCUCAGAUAACCUCAAUUCCUGCCUCAAUUCGUGAUUUAACACAACUGACGGAGCUGUUUUUAUACAAGGUGAACUGAAUUAUUAUUUCUCCAUUAAUCUACUUUCCAGAACAAGUUAACUUCGUUACCAUCGGAAAUCGGCAAUCUAGUGAACCUAAAAAAGUUGGGCCUUUCGGAAAAUUCGCUCUCAUCGCUGCCCGAAAGCCUUCUUGCCUUGACACAACUCGAAACUCUCGACUUGAGACAUAAUAAAUUAACUGAGGUUAGAAUUUCUGAUAUUUGUUACGGAUGUAGAUAUGCUUUCUCAUCGUUGAAAGGAAAAGAACAUUGAAAAAAAAAUGCUAACUUUGUUUCUCCCCCUUUUUUCCUAUCACAUAUAAGUAAUUUAGAGGCCUUUAGGAUUUUCUUUUUUUUUUGCAUUUUCGGCGGUAGUUUAUUACUUUUUAAACGUUUUCAACAAUUUUGAAAUUUCUUAAAUCUUCCAUUGUUGUGUCCGAAGGUGGCAAGUGAAGACGUUGUAGUAGAAUUUAUUAGUAACAAGAAACUAGACUAUACUAGACUAUUUACAAUAACAAACAAGGGGUUAUAUAGUGCUGAGGGAAGAUGCUCCAACAUCCAUAGAAGGCUUUUUUUUGAUUUUCAGCUUUUUUGUACGCGUAUUUUUCUCUCCAUACCCAGAAAUAACAGGUUGUAUGAAAAAAAAAACCAGCGAAUUUUCAAACGGCGACUUUUUUCAUAUCGCUAGGGAACUUUCCGACGAAUCUUUUUCCGACUUUUUUUUUCUCGAAAAACUCUUCGUUUUGAAUCUUCCUAUAAGACGUAGGUAGUUGAUUCAUGAUUAUAACAAAAAGAAAUAGGAAACAAAACGAAAAUAGAUAUUUUAUAAACCGAAGAACAUAAGAGAAAAAAGUCGGAAAAGCGUUAGUCGGAAACUUCGCAGUUAGAAAGUUCCCUAGUAUAGUUUCGAAAUUUGACCGUUCAAUCAAUAUUCUUUCAACACGUCAUAAUAAAUGGUCAUUGGUCUAACGGUGGAUUUUCAACAUUUCAGCAUGUCACUUCAGAGUGACACUUUGGUUUUUGACCGUUCAAAAUGUCACUUCGAAAAUGGUCGAUCAGUUUUUGACCGUUCGAAAGGUCACUCUUAAAAUGGUCGGUCGCUUUCGUAAAUUUCAGAAACUGGUCGGUCAACGGUCUAAUUGGUCGAACUUUCAAAUUUUAGAACACUAUUCCCUGGCUAUAUGAAAAAAUCGGAAGUCGCCGUUCAAAAAUUCGCUGGAUUUUUUUUUCAUAUCACCAAAUAACAAACAUAUCAUUUGCAUUUUAGCAUGAAACCCUGUUAAAUCUUGUUUUUUAACUUUUGGUUUUUAUUUUCGACAGUAGUACAGAAGAAAAGUAAUUAAUUUGGAAUAUGCUUGCUUGUGCGGAAAGACGAGAGAAUUGCAAAAAGAAAAAAAAAAUUGCAAUCAUACACGGGAUAGUCUCGGGGUCGGACCUGAAAAGGGGGAGGGAACUUGGCAAAAAAUCGAGAAAGGGGGGGGGGAUCGGAAAAAAAAACGGUUUUCAUUUUCGGAUUCAGCACCACGCGCGCCAGCUUCGGGUAUCAAGUCACUCUCUGCAGACUAUUCUCCCACUAGUUGACAUAUAAAAGUCGAACUAGACUAAUUCGAUGGCGCUGAAUCUGAAAAAUAACAACGAGUAUAAGAUACAAAAUAUAAUAAUUGCUCAUUUUUCAAUUGAUUGGCAGAUGCGAUUUUUUUUUCUUAGUUAAAAUUAUUGAAAAAAAAGGCUGUCGCCAGUCAUGCUCCUCCCAUGCAUGAUUUCAAUUUUUCUCAGAUACCGCCCGUGAUUUUUCAAAUCGAAUCUCUGGAGACACUAUGGCUGCGCUACAAUCGCCUCGUUUCUGUCGGCGAGAACAUUGGAAACCUGAAAAAGUGAAAUUUUUAGAUUUUUUUAUUCGAGUUUAACAAAUACUUGUAGAUUGAAAAUGCUGGACAUUCGAGAGAACAAAAUUCGAGAUUUGCCGAUGACCAUCGGAAAACUGAGGUCUUUGGUUGUUUGCCUUGUGUCCUACAAUCACCUCUCCCAUAUGCCGGAAGGUCAGGCUAACAACAUUUCUAUCUUGAAAAUUAUCUUUUCUUGUCGGUCUUUGAAACAUGCAGACGGUCGUCUGCCAAAUCCUAUUUAUGAGACUAUUCAGUUACUUUGAGUGUGAAAUCUUUCCCUUUUCUGCAAAAUCCGAUCAAAAGGGGCAUUCACAUGUAAUUUCAAGCAUACGUUGGAAACUGGAGGACAGUUUGCUUAUUUUUUUUUUUAUUAAAAUGGAGUGGGACAUUAGUUAGAAAAUUAUUUUCAACGGGCUAUAAAAAAAAUUAAAUUUAAAAAUUACUUAUCUGAGAAUGUUUGAUAAGUUUUUAGAAAUCGGCGAAUGCACGUCGCUAACCCAGCUCGAUCUGCAACACAACGACCUGACCGAUUUGCCAAACUCUCUGGGAGAUUUGAAGAACUUGAUUCGCAUUGGGAUCAGGUCUGUAGACUUUGAACCGAAUCGGAUAAGACUAACUUUCUAGAUACAACAAAUUACGCUCAUUGCCUCCGUCCUUGGAAAACUGCACGCAGCUGGAAGAAUUUAUCGUUGAAGGCAAUCAUUUGCAGAGCCUGCCGGUCGGUAUUUUUUUUUUUUUUUUUGGUAUUUCUGAGAGAGGAAGCUGUUUGAAUGAAAAUGAGAAAUGAUGUGUGAACCACAGUUAUAGGUAGCCCAUUCAGCGCUAGCUCCUCAAGAUUUUCGUUUUUUUUUUUCUGAGUUAGAGAACCUCUCGAUGCGCGCGAUAUUUGUCUCUGCCUGCGCCUUUGAUAUAACGGAAAUUUUCGGCCGGGUUGUAAAAAGUUUCUUUUUAGUUGCCUCUUUUUUCAUGGGCUCUUAUGCAUCAUUUUUUUUUUUUCGCUUCUCCUUUGUUCCGCCAUUUUUUUGAGCCUUAAAAGUUCUAAACAAAAAAAAACUUUGAACUUGAGCCUAACGAAAAUACAUUGGCAAAGUCGGAAAGGGUAGAAAAAGGCUUCAUAGAAAUGUUCUUUAUUGGCUCUUAUGAAUCAUUUUAGCUGCCUCUCCCUUUUUCCACCAUUUCUUGAGCCUUCAAAAUCUUAGAAAAAAUAUAAAAGACUCGAUAUAGGGAUCACUUUUGCUGCCUUUCUGCGGAACUUUUUGAGCCUCUCCUUUUUAGCGGUCAUUAUCCACCAUUCUGAUUUCGCCCGCGUAGUAUGCUGUUGGAUAGCACCGGGAGCAGAGAUGGGCGAAACUGAAUUUUUAAAUUGCGGAAGGCUAAACCAUAAACUUUUCUGCGGAAUACGGAAAACCGCACUUACGCAAAAAAUUUAUCUAUUUUUCGACAUUUAGCGAGCGGGUGAAAACAAAUUAUUAAACUGUGAAAAGAUCAAAAGGUAUCAAAGAUUUUUGAGAAAUCGAAACCGCGGAAAUUAAAAUUAUGCUGGAAAUUUUUUUCUUUUUUUCGCGCAACGCGGAAUUCCGUCCAUCUCUUACCAGGAGCUAUUUCACGCCGUCUUUUAUUUAUCGAUUUCCUGUGUGGAGAUAACUUGAUCGUUUCUCAAACACCUGGUAUCAGUAAACUAUUAAGGAUGCGAUGUUGACCAUGCUUCCCAAACUGCACACGGUAAACUUGUCACGGAACGAACUAACCGCUUUCCCUACAGGUGGUCCUCAGCAGUUCUCUUCAGCCGUGGUUUGUUUUUUUUUUAGAAUUUUCUUUCUUCAGUUUUUUAUUUCAUUAAAAACGACAAAAUUUUGGUCUUCAUUUUCAGACGAUCAAUGUGGAACACAAUCAAAUCAGCAAAAUACCGAUCGGUAUUUUUUCCAAAGCGACGGGGCUCAACAAGUUGAACCUGAAGGAAAAACGAACUUUCCUCGUUACCACUAGGUCUCAACUUGGACUUUUUUUUUUCUUUUUAUUAUCAUAAUCGCUCUUUUUCCAUUCGAAUUAGAGAAACGGCACGAAAUUUCUUCUUUUUAGUUGAGUUUUAUCCCAUCGAAAUCAGCAUAGAAUCUAUAAAGAAACUUAAGGAAGUUUUUUGACUUUUUUUUUAUUUAAAAGGUGAAGAAGUGAGUUCAUAUUUCUAGUCGGGUGAAAUAAUGCAUAUCCUUUUUAUUUUUCUGUUCAACACUUGCGAGAAAAAAGUUUCUGAAAGGCUGUUCCCAUUAGGGAGAAAGGGUGUCUUUUGUACCGUUUGAUAUAUAAUUUGCAUCAUUUUACCCCCUUUUUUAUAAAAAAAAUCACAAAAUUUCGUACCGGAAAUUCCGUUCUCGGAGCUAAUUUUGGCAAACUUUGAAUAAAUGAAACUACGGCUGAAUUUCUUUUGUGUUAUUUUUAAGGUUUUGACAGGAGACUUCAUUUGUUCAGUCAGCGUAAGCAACUUAUUGAGUACUUUCCUAGAGGCGAAAAGACGUUCUUGCAACUGUAAUGAUUUUUCUUUUCCUUUUUUUUUCAUCGGUUUAAUGAAUGUAAAACAUGCAUUUCUUUCUAGCCAACAUAUGAUGAUGAUAUUUAUCGAAAAAAAGAGCAAGUUCCAGACAUGGGAUCAUGGACGUCAGUAACGGAACUGAACUUGUCGACGAAUCAAUUGAAAGUUCUACCCGAAGACAUUGAAAAGCUUGUUUGUUUCAAUUACCUUUCUUUAGCCAACUGCAUACGGCGUUUCACAUUCGUUUUUUUUUGCUCUGGAAAAAAAACGCCUUUUGCUUUCCAGUCGAGUUAUAAACCCUCCGAGAUACGAACAGCUUUUCUUUUACCCACUUAUGGUAAAGUAGGAAGCUUUGUAUAAAUCGGCUGGAAGAAAAUAAAUGUAAAACUUUUUGAAGUCAACAACGAAUUUCUUUAAUUUCAGGUGAAUCUAGAGAUUCUGGUAUUGUCGAACAACCAGUUGAAGAGGUUACCAUCGCAAAUAGGCAACCUGAAAAAAUUACGUGAGCUCGACCUCGAGGAGAACGAUUUGGAAUCGAUUCCCAGCGAAAUCGGCUUUCUUCAAGUCCUCACCAAGCUCUGGCUCCAGUCCAACAAGCUUUCCUCUCUCCCGCGCUCUAUCGGCAACCUCUCGGCCUUGCAAGAUUUGCGUGUCGGCGAGAACAAUCUCUCAGUGAUUCCCGAAGAAAUUGGUGAGAUUCACUUCAUAUUUUCAACUUAAAGGCAUAGGGGCAGUAAAAGAUGGGGUUUCAGGUGAAAGCAGUAUCUUAUACAGUAAUUCUUUUUUGCGAAUCGAAUGGUGUACUCAAAAUAAUUACAGAUGUGACAACUUUAGAAGAAAAACGCUGUUUUACUUUCCGGCCAUUAAUUUUGAAAAAAGCUUUGGGUCGGUAUGCAGACAACUGUUUACAGUAGCGGUGCACGCGAUGUUGCAGACGUCCCACUAAACUCGCAUUUUGUGAAAAAUAACAGGAUUUAUGCUUCAAAUUAAGGGUUUCCUUUCUGAAAAACAAACAUUUAGUCAAACAAAAAACAAACACCGAUAAUAAAGAAAACACAAAAUAUCGCUAUCUCAAUCGAAACCUGUGUAAAGCCAUCAUUUUUCAUCAGAGAAGCAUUUUUGCGUUCAAAUUUGCAAAUUUACCAUGAAUAGAAAGCUUUUAUGACAAAAAGAACUUUGGGAAAUAGCCGUUAGAGAAAGGAAAAGAUCACUAAAAUUUGAAGAGUCAGAAAUCAUUUUGCAUUUCGCGGAAUCAAAUUGAACACGGCAUAGAGAAACUUUACUGCAAAGCGCCCUUUUCGCGGGAACUCAAACUUUCCUCUCUCCGACUUUGAACUAUUUUUUUUUCCAAAACUAGGUAGUUCUUUACGUUUCCAAGUUCAUCGUUCUAUUUGCAAUGAAAAGCUCUACAAAGUACUGCUUUGAACUGAAGCACCGUUUUUUACUGCCCCUAUGCCUUUAACACGAGACUUUUCGGAUGUUUCUACUCACUGAGUUUUUUGUUCUACUGGAAUACAUCGAAUAAUUUUCGUUUUAGGCAGAUUAAUCGUUUAGAAAGGGGAAAACCUAAGCCUUUAAAAACCUAGAAAAAAUGAAAGACUCGAUAAAGGGACUCAUUUUGCUGCCUUUCUGCGGCCUUUUUUGAGCCUCUCCCUUUUACCGGCCAUUAUCCACCAUUCCGACUUUACCCGAUUAUUUUGAAUGAAUUAGACUUUUGAAUUAUUUUGUUCAACACGAUUCCUAAUGAUGAUUUGAAAACAAAAGCCACGUAGAUUAUGAAAAAUUGAACUUCAAAUAAGUUCAUAAAAAAUUUUUUGCGUAAAAUCUUCCCUAUGUGUGAUCACUUUCACGAAUUCGAAGAAAUUAUUAAGUUCAAUGUAACGUCGCCUUCCAUUCAAAUCUUUGCAGGUCAUCUGGACGCGCUCAAAUCGCUUUACCUCAACGACAACGCUUCGCUGCACAGCUUACCAUUCGAAUUGGCACUUUGCACGUCGCUCGAGAUAAUGUCGAUUGAGAACUCUCCGCUAUCGCAGAUUCCUCCGGAAAUCACCGCUGGAGGCCCAAGCCUCGUAAUUCAGGUUCGGCGUUGAUCAAAUUGAUAGUCUGGUAAAUAGUUUUCCGGCUGGAGUGUGUAAAUGCCCAGAGCGCAAGUGGAAAUCUUGUCGCAGUGAAACUUGAGAUGGUACGAAAAAAUCACAAGUCCGCAAAUCUUGAAGGUCGUAAGUCUGUGUGCGCAAAUCUCGAAGCUCAUAAUCUUGGAAACCACAAAACGAUUUGGAAAAAAAAUCAUCGCUUUGGCGAAUAGAUUCUAUCAGGAAUAGUGUUCGUUGAUCAAAAAAAAAAAAUAAUAUAAGAGAAAGUGCAAAAAAAAAAACGCAAAUGGGAGCUUUUUGCUUUCCAAGAUUAUGGGCUAUGAGACCUGCGUACGCAGGCCUCAAGAUUUGCGGACUUGAGAUUUUGUCGUACCAUCAAACCUGUCGUUUUUGGUGUAUAUUUACGAUAGAUUAACUUAGUUUGGGGCUUCGGAGCGAAAACAACUUUAAAACGUUGAUUUGCGAAAUAGGAUAUGAUAUCAAAAAAUACGCGCGUGUGAUGUGUUCAAAGAGAUUUCCUGAAAAUCAAAACAUCUAUCAGAGAGUAAGAAAGAUAACUCAAUUUUGGAGAGUCAGAAAGGUUUAGAACUUCGCGGAAAUUACUUUGAACAUCACAUAAAGCGGAAAAUUGAUUCGGUGUAGGUUUUCUUGUAAGGUGGGAGGUAUAAAAAAGUCAUUGUUGAAUGACUAUUUAAAAAAAAUAUUGAAACAAGUUUCGAUAGCAUCGGUUCGAUGGUCGCAAAACUGCGUGUGACGUUAUCACGUGUCUGCGUACUGCUCGCAAAAAACGCGAUUGCAAACUUUUUCCCGCUUCAAAGUAAUUCCGUCGAUUUCGAAACUGACGCGGUAUUCGUUUAAAAUGAUUUUGCGCAACAUAGUCCGUUCAGAUUUUGAAUUCAAGCGUCGCACAAGCCCUUGGCGCGAUGAACCCAUCAGAGAGCGAGGCAUAUACAGAGCGUUUUCGAACGAUGUCAUCCAAUAUUGUGGACUAUAUCGCAGCGAGAGUUAUGCUAUACUGCGGCUCCACCGCGAGCAAUAUCUCGGACCUUGGUAACUCGAACGGGACGUGUCCGGGAAUUUCUAGUGACUACUUUAGUAACUUCACCGCUUUCAAGUGAUCCCUAUAAUUGCUCAGAAACGUCCGGAGCACGUCCGUUUCGCGUUACAAAUGUCCGAGAUCGCUCGUCUCUCGCUGCUACCUCGCAAACGCGCUUUAUCGCUCUCUGAAAAAUUUCCCUUCAAAAUAAUUUUUUAUUUCAAUCUGCUUCAUCAUAAAAGUCAAAAAUAAAGCAAAAAAAUUGUUUUUAAAUUCAAAGUACCUGAGAGGUAGCGAUAUGGCAGCGAGGCUUUGACGAGGUCGCAGCAAGAAGCUUUGGCUAUAUCGCCUGCGGCCCGCUGCGAUAUAGGCAAUUACGUUGGGUGGUUAUUGAACUUGACGAUCAAAAUCUGAAAAUUUUCUUCACAGAAGAAAUUCAGUGUGCACACUGUACAUAAGAUCGUUUUUUUUUAGUAUCUCAAGAUGCAGGGUCCGUAUCGGGGCAUCGUUCUUGCCCAGUAA